AAAACAAAUUUUAUGUUUAUAUUUGCAUGCAUUUUGAAUUUGUCAAUUGCGAUCAAAAACAUCCAGACACUAUCUUACGAAGAGAGAAUUGAGUUGUGGAAUUUAGAAAAUGAGCAAUUUGAGGAGUUAAUAAUUCAACCAACUUUGAGUUAUUAUGAUCAAUAUUUUCAUAGAUCACCUUCCUGGACAGACGGAGGUUUAGGGUGGAGAAAUAUGUGGUCUCGACUUCAAGAAGAUGAUGCUGCUUGUCUUCAACUCCUACGAAUGUCACUACCAUGUUUUCGAACACUAUGUAACAUGCUACAAACGAAUUAUGGUCUUAAACCAACUUCAAAUGUAAGCAUUGAAGAAAGUUCAAAGAGAUGUUGGGUUGAGAUUUGGACGAAAUCAAGAGACUGUGAAAAGAAAAUUUAAAGAAGUUCUUAAAGCGACGAAAUUACUUGCAUGCGAUUAUAUCAGAACUCCAACAUGACAAGAACUAUACCGAAUUCCUUAAAAACUUCAAGUACAUCCAAACUAUUAUCCAUUUUUUAGUGGAUUUGUUGGAGCUAUGGAUGAGAGUCAUGUUUGCGUAAAAGUACCACUAGAAUUACAAGGAAUGUACUGGAAUCGGCACAAUAAUGCAUCGUUGAAUAUUAUGGCAAUUUGUGUUCUGAAUAUGCUAUUCACAUAUAUAUAUAGAAUGGAGCACCGGGAUCUUAUCAUGAUACAGCCGUUCUCACAAUGGCACAAGAAAGCGAUCCUGAAUUUCCUUUGCCUCCAAUGGAAAAGUAUUAUGUCGUUGACUCGAGUUAUCCAAACAUGCAAGGAUUUUUGGAUCCAUAUAAGUCAUCACGAAACAACGUUGUCAAAUAUCAUAUGUCACAGUUCAACUAUGGUCGUGCUCCAAGGAAUAAAGAAGAAUUAUUUAAUCGAUAUCAUGCGUCUCUACGUUCAGUUAUCGAGAGAACUUUUGGAGUUUGGAAGAAAAAAUGAAGGAUUCUUUGUGAUUUUCCAAGAUAUAGUAUCAACAUAAAUAAGAGAGUGGUCAUUGUUACAAUAUGAUUGCAUAAUUUUAUUAAGAUUUUAAAUUUUUCAGAUGCAGAUUUUGCUGAAGUUAUUGCAGAAACAGGAGGAUUCAACACACAAGCAGAGACUGAUUUUCAUACCGAUUUAGAUGAUGUGGAAACAAUUGAAGUGACAGAUGAAGUACAUAUGACGCAAAUAAUAGACAAUAUUGCAAAUAUGCUAUGGAAAAUCAAUAAAAUAAACUUAUUUUCUGAUUGUAAUUUACUUGUACUUUAUAAAAAAUGUAAAAUAAUUUUUUGUCAAAUAGAAUUUUAUAUUAUAUAUUCAGUCCUGUUUAGUUUAUAAACAUCAUUCAAGUAUUUUUCCGCACAUUUUAUUAUUUUGGUCACCAUUCACAUAUAUCUCAAACUGCUUACUUUAGACGAACCGCAUUUAUCGUGCCGUAUGCGUUUUUCUAACACCAACCGCAUAUAAACCGCACCUCACUAUCUAAUCCGCUUGUCCCGCACCGCUCAGUUCGAUGUUACCAUUCAGAGCCUUAUUUGUCCAAAAAAAAAGAGAAUCCACUUAUUUAUGAUUUGAUCAUAUAUGAUUUGAUUUGUUUGUUACUAACUCAGUGGGUAAAAAAAUCCACAUUAUGGUUAUGAAUGGAGACAUUUAAUUUGCGGAUUUCACUGUGGAUUUCGAAACAUUAUUGAAAAACGCUUUAAUGUCACCAAUCACACAAUUGCUUCUUUUUCUUGCGGUUUCCAAAAAUAUUAACAAAAACGCACACGACUUUCGGUGUCUCACAGAUAUAUAGGGUUAAUAUGAAUUACGGGAAAGCAAUAAAAAUGCUGUGGUUUCUCAAAAAACGCACAGAUUUAUAUAUCUAUAUUAUUUCGACUGCAAAUAUAUCUAUAUAUCUAUACUAUUCUAUGUACAUCCUUGUAACUUGUAAGCAAACUAAAUACACCUAUAUAAAGCAUUUAUGUGCAAACUAAAUGCACCUAUAUAAGCAUUUAUGUGUCUAGGUUCUUCAUGUAUUUAUCUCUCAAAUAUGUUAACCUUAGUCUAUACAUUUUAAAUAAUAACAAUUCAAUUAUAAUAUCAGAUUACCUAAAAUGAAAAUAAAAUUCUUAGAAAAUAGUUUAUAUUGUACAACAAUUUAUACUGUACAUUUAACAUUAAGAAAUUAAUAUUUAUUUUACAAAGUUGUAGUCAUGUUUUUAUAUAGGCAGCAAUCAUUGUUCGUCAAGAUAUAUAAUUUUUUUUAUAUAAAAACUUUAAUAUUCUUAUGAGUAUAUAUAAGGAUUUAAAAUUUGAUAUACAUAGGAUUUUUAUUUGUUAUUUAACACUUUGUUUACAAUAUCUUUUAAUUUGUAUUUAUAUUUUAAAAACAGUAGUUAAAUUUAUAUUAAUAUAUCUAUAUAUAUACAAAUUUUUAUUUUAGAUUAAUUUUAAUAUUUAAAAAUUAUAAAUAUGAAAAUAUUAUGACAGCAUUUUUUUGUCAAAACCGUACUAUUUUUUAUACCAAAUUUGCAGUUGUCCCGCUAACUGUAACGAUUGCACCGUAUCGCACUUAAAUUCUGGACCGCUUAUAUUAUUAAAACUGCCGUUAUCAUAUGGAGCCUGUAGGAAAGAAUAUAGAAGAAACAUUUAGGUUGUGAUUGGUGACCUGUGAUAUGCGGAUUUCAAAGCGGUUUUGGGAAAUACGCACUUCAUCUACCAUUCACAUUUUUGUGAUGGAAAAGCGUUUUUUUUUUUAAAAAAAAAUGAAAUCCGCUCACGCAUUUCUAGGCGACCAAAUACACAGAAGAUAAAAAUAACGCACUUCAAAUUGGUCCUCCACCCAAAACCAUGCGGUCCACUUAAAAAACGCCUUUGUACAGUAUUUAAUAAAUACUUUUUUUUAUUUUAGUUAAUAUUCUUGCCUAUAUAUUACUACUAGGCUAGGUUGAAAUCAUUCAAUUUAUAUCAUCACCUUGCGUUUCUUUUCUUUUUCCUGUGUAGCCAAACGAAAAAAAAAAUUAUUUAGAAGAACAUAUAGACAUUUAAAGGAAAAAAAAAGAAGACAUCUUGGUCAAAAGAGGAAGAGAGGAAGACGUCCUUUGCUCUGUACUUGGGAAAGAACAAAAGAAAAAAGAAAGCAAGACAUAUUGCUCAGAAAAGAAAGAAAAGAAGACGUGCUCUCUACCUUGGACAACAAGUGAAGAUGUCGUCAAAUCGCCAGCGAAAUACCAACUCUCGCAGACCAACAAAUUCAAACCAAACGGCGGAAGAUUCAACUCCUCCAGCAGAAGCAACAUUAAGGGCUUUUCGUAUAUGUCAAUUACGAGCACAAGGUAUACACAACCUAAGUUACGAAGAGAGAAUAGAAAUGUGGAAUUUGGAAAAUGAGCAGUUUGCAGAGUUAAUAAUCAAUCCAACUUUGACUUAUUAUCAUCGCUAUUUUGAAAGGGCACCAGUACAAACCGAUAGAGGUCUAGGUUGGAGAAAUAUAUGGCGACGACUACAAGAAGAUGAUGCUGCUUGUCUUCAGUUAUUACGAAUGUCACUGCCGUGUUUCUGCUCAUUGUGUGAUACACUACAAACAAGCUAUGGUCUACAACCAACACUAAAUGUAAGUAUUGAAGAAAGUGUUGCUAUGUUUCUACAGAUAUGUGGGCAUAAUGAAGUUCAAAGAGAUGUUGGCUUGAGAUUUAGUCGAAAUCAGGAGACGGUUCAAAGAAAAUUUAUGGAAGUUCUUACGGCAACAGAACUAUUGGCAUGCGAUUAUAUUAGAACUCCAACAAGACAAGAGCUAAUGCGAAUUCCUGAAAAACUUUACUCAGAUCGAAGAUAUUAUCCUUUUUUCAGUGGAUUCGUUGGAGCUAUGGAUGGGACUCAUAUAUGUGUAAAAGUGGAGCCUAAGUUACAAGGAAUGUAUUGGAAUCGACAUGAUAAUGCAUCUUUGAACAUCAUGGCAAUAUGUGAUUUGAAUAUGUUAUUCACAUAUAUAUGGAAUGGAGCACCGGGAUCUUGUCAUGAUACUGCUGUUUUGGCAAUGGCACAACAAAAUGAUUCUGAGUUCCCUUUGCCUCCACGAGAUAAAUAUUAUCUUGUUGAUUCAGGCUACCCAAACAAGCAAGGAUUUUUAGCUCCAUAUAGAUCAUCACGAAAUGGAGUUGUGAGAUAUCAUAUGUCUCAGUUCAACUCUGGUCCUGCUCCUAGAAAUAAACAAGAAUUAUUCAACCGGUAUCAUGCGUCUUUACGUUCUGUUAUUGAGAGGACAUUUGGAGUUUGGAAGAAAAAAUGGAGGAUUCUAUCUGAUUUUCCAAGAUACAAUGUCCACGUUCAAAAAAGAGUGGUAAUGGCUACAAUGGGAUUACAUAACUUUAUCAAAAUAUCAAACUACUCGGACGAAGACUUCGCAAAUACAAUGCAAGAUAUGAGACUGGAUAACGGAGAUCCAGAACCUGGUAUUGCUGAUACAGAAGAAAUUUAUACGGCACAGGGAGAACAAAUGGCACAAAUAAGAGAUACUAUUGCAAAUAUGUUGUGGGAAAAUCAAAAUAGUCGAUAGUAGUUUUUUUUUGUAUUUUACUUUUUUUAAAAAUAUAUAUGUAAUUUAAAUUUUUAAUUCAGGUGAAUUUUGGUAUUAAAAUUUUCUAAAUAAGAAAAAAAAAUUACAUCAAUAACAGUAAAGAAAAAAUUUUGAAUUUUAAAUUAUAUUGAUUUCAUUGAUAUUUUUGUUUAACAUGAUUUUUUUAAUUGUUCAAUUCCGCAAACUAUACAUGUUCACCAAUCAACACAAUUCCGCACCGCUAAUUUUAUCAAAACCGCACUUGUCCCGCAAACCGCACGAACCGCACUUGGACCGUACCGUACUUAAAUUCCGUCCCGCUAGUAUUACUAAUUCCGCGGUCACCAUUCGGACCCAUAAUUACAGAGUUAGCUAUUACAUAAAACUCAAACUCGUUAUGAUCCUCGUAUCUGAUCGCAAUAAACUCCGCUCUUAUCCAAAUUCCACAAUUCUGAAUUAGUGAGUUUAUAAACGGACACACCUCUUCAGACUUGGA